AUGGAUGUGGUGGGGGAAAACGAGGCCCUGCAGCAGUUUUUCGAAGCUCAGGGGGCCAAUGACACUCUGGGAAACCUGGCCCUGGAUACAAGUCUGCUGGAGGAGUUCUUGGGCAAUGAUUUCGAUUUGGGGGCCUUGCAACGCGGGCUCCCGGACACCCCCCCCUACUCUACAUCAGACUCCUGCUCCCCUCCACAGGUCAAAGGUGCCUGCUGCCCGGCUCUGGGAACCCCAGCUCCUCUCCAUCCUGCGGCGGCACCUGGGCCGCUGCCCGAGCGCCCCCCUCAGAGCUCGUGGGAACGCAGCGCCCCGGGCCUUGUGCACAGCGACUUUCACACCUGCCGCGCCAACACCGGCCAUCCCGCCACCGCCCUGGGCCAGUCCGUGUGCUCUCAUCUGGGGAUAAGUUGUUCUUUCCAUCAGCAGCCUCUAUGCCACAGCCCUGGAGCUUCGUUGCCACCAACAAAGAAGAGAAAGUGCACACAGGUGCCGGAGGACUCCGGGGACUGUCAAAUGUGGGCCCACGACUCCAGACCAAUGACAAGUAAGAGCUUCAGCAGCGAAAUGCAAGACCACGAUAGUGAGGGACAGAACCUGAUGCCUGCUGACCAGUGCUCUCCUGCUCUGAAGUGGCAGCCAUACCAAAGUGUUCCUUGGCACAGUUUAUUGAACAGUCAUUACGAAAAACUACCCAAUAUAGGCUAUCGAGUUGUCACGGACAAAGGAUUUAAUUUUUCACCAGUAGAUGAGGCUUUUGUUUGCCAAAAGAAGAACCAUUUUCAGAUAACCAUCCAUAUCCAAGUUUGGGGAAGUCCGAAAUUUGUCAAAACCCAAAUGGGCCUAAAGCCAAUAGAAAUGUUUUACUUGAAAGCUUUUGGUGUUAAGGUGGAAGCCACCAAUCAAGUAAUUGCUAUCGAACAGUCCCAAGCAGAUAGAAGCAAAAAGAUUUUCCAUCCCGUUAAAAUUGACCUACUGGCCAACCAAGUCACCAAAGUAACGUUGGGCCGACUACACUUCAGUGAAACCACAGCAAAUAACAUGAGAAAGAAGGGGAAACCAAACCCUGAGCAGAGAUACUUCAUGUUGGUGGUUGGACUGUAUGCUGCUAACCAAGACCAGUUCUAUCUGUUGUCUGCCCACAUCUCUGAAAGGAUCAUUGUAAGGGCCUCUAACCCUGGGCAAUUUGAAAAUGACAGUGAUGCAUUAUGGCAGCGGGGACAAGUUCCAGAAUCUGUUGUCUGUCAUGGUCGAGUGGGAAUAAACACAGAUGCGCCGGACGAGGCCCUGGUUGUCUGUGGCAACGUGAAAGUGAUGGGGACAAUUAUGCAUCCUUCGGACAGCCGGGCCAAGCAGAAUAUCCAGGAGGUUGACACAAAUGAACAGCUGAGAAGAAUAGCCCAAAUGAGGGUUGUUGAGUAUGACUACAAACCUGAGUUUGCGUCUGCGAUGGGCAUAAACACUGCCCAUCAAACAGGAAUGAUUGCCCAGGAGGUGCAAGAGAUCCUGCCCAGAGCCGUGAGGGAGGUUGGCGAUGUCACCUGUGAAAACGGAGAGACCCUGGAGAACUUCCUCAUGGUCGAUAAGGACCAGAUCUUUAUGGAAAAUGUAGGUGCUGUGAAGCAACUCUGCAAACUAACCAACAACCUGGAGGAAAGAAUAGAAGAGUUAGAAAUAUGGAACCGAAAGCUGGCCAGGCUAAAGCGGCUCAGUAGCUGGAAGUCCUCAGCCAGCGAAGCAAGCUCGAUCAGCAAAUUUAGCAGAGCUGUUAGUACUCUUUCAAGAAGGACCAUUCCCCAAAAAACCAACAAGGUUUAUUUUUCAGGAAAAAAACAGUGGUGUCCUAACUGGGUUUUCCAGACCUUGGUUAUAACUCUCAUUGCUGUGAUGACAUUUUGUGCCUUGACAAUAGUCUCCCUUUACAUACUUAGCUUAAAAGAUCAAGACCGACAUGCCCCAAAUCUCCCUCCAAGCAACAUCGCAGGCUCUCAGCAGCCUGCCCUGCCGCCCACAGCCUCCUCUUCCUCCGCACCUAAUACAUCUCUGGCAACCACACAAUCCUCGGCCCAAAUCCCAGAAAUCACUUUCUGUGAGAUCCUGCCAUGUCAGGAGAUUUAUUGCUGCCCCAUCUGGGAAACAAGAAGAGUACUCUCCAGUCCUGUGCGAAGACAGUCCAAGGAAAUGGAACCUCAUCAGAGGUCAUGGGCAGAAGACAGAAGCACAUCAUUCCUGGGAGGAGAUGCGCUAACCAGCCCCGACUGGGGGAAUGACUGGAUCGAUACAACCAUCAGUUCUAUUCAGAUUAUGGAAAUCCAGCAAAUAAUAGAUCAUCGUUAUUGCAGUAGAAGCCUCCAGUGCGGGUCUGGAAAUUACAAUUACAAUAUUCCUGUCAAUAAGCACACACCCACCAAUGUCAAAUUCUCUCUGGAAAUAAACACAACAGAGCCAUUGAUAGUCUUCCAAUGCAAAUUCACUCUUGGAAAUAUAUGUUUCCAGAGGAAAAGAGAAGCCAAAGGGUUGCAGAACCACCAAGAGAUCUCCCAGGAGAUGACACAGGGGUACCAGCACAUUUGGAGUCUCCCUGUAGCCCCAUUCUUUGAUAGCGCGUACCAUUUCCGUGUUGCUGCACCGGAUUUAGCUGACUGUUCAACGGAUCCUUAUUUUGCUGGGAUAUUCUUUACAGAUUACUUCUUUUACUUCUAUCGACACUGUGCCUAAUUUAUUCAAGUUCGGUUGGAGACUUUACCAAGGAAAAAACCUCAAAAAUACUGUUAAUGGAAGCUCAUAUCCUCAUAUCCAACGCCUUCCUUCUUUUUUUCAAACGCCCACAUUUCUUGCCAAAGGACUUGAUCAGGCUUUGGCUUCCGACGGUUUUGAGACAUCAGUGAGAAUAAAGUGUUGGCUGAAACUUGAGACAAUGUGGUAUUUGAUUUUGCCAUGACUACGAAGAAAACAGCA